AUAUUGAUCAUUCCUUUUCUUUCUAUCUCUCUCUGACUCGCUCUCGAAUCAUAACUCGAGAGCAAAGCCAUGGCGUUCUUGAAAGGACUCAUGCUCUUCAUGGUGGCCUUGACCAUGGCUUUGGCUUUGUCCGUCACUCUCACCAUGAACGGCAUCACCCAGCAAGACCAUGGCCCUACCAUCAGUGACAACAAAAUGGACGACAAAGCCUUGCCUUCCAAGAGGGUAAGCCGGUUCCUGGCGACGAACAACGACGUCACGGUGCGAAACCCUAACGCCGCCGAUCACUGUCACAAGGACCAUGAGGUUUGUUACUUGUUAGAAGGCAAAAACUCAACUUGCUGCAACAAUAAGUGUGUGGAUCUGCACUACGAUAAUAAGAACUGUGGAGCCUGCAAGAACAAAUGCAAGUUUACCCAGACUUGUUGCAGAGGACAAUGUGUUGAAUUGGCUUUUGAUAAGAGGCAUUGUGGAGCUUGCAACCACAGGUGUGAGAAAGGUGAAUUCUGUGUCUAUGGAAUGUGCAAUUAUGCUUAAUUAGUCAUGGAAGAGGAG